AAUUUGGGUCAAGCUCGGUCCCGCCAAAAUAUCAUCAACCUGAUUCUGAUUGCAAAACUAGAUGCUUCUUUUCAACGCUUUUUUCUCUUCUUAGCCCUUUUGUCAUCAACAUUGCCAUUUACAUCGCCAUCGACAUGACCAUCGUAUCAACAUCGCUCCACCUCACUCCCAUGGUUGUCACUCAAUAAUAUAUACAUAUGUAUAUAUACAUACCUACGUAUACUUAUACUUAUCACUUGGAUAAUUGACACAUCUUCUACCUUGCCAAGCUGAGCAACAACCGCAUUUUUACCUAGGAAAAAUCCAUCUUAUUCAGCCAUUGUCAAUCCUGGCCUAAUCCCACCCACCUUUGAUGCUUGAGUGCCGGGAGGAACCAUAGCAGACUUGUACCUGCAACUAUAUACCCUACCAAACAUCAACGCAUAAUUCACCUUAACUUCAUUUGACAUGACACAUUUGAUUUGGACUUGAGCUUCAAAUCACCAGAACUGCUAUCACGGGAAGACACCAAGUAGUUACCCAUUGUUAAUAAUCCCUCGUCGUGUCAAUUCCGCCAUUGCCCCAAUCUCACCGACUUGUUUCCAUUACUGUGGUAUAUACUAUGAUCUUCCAUAGGUGAACCUACCGAGAAUUGACGUUUCGCAAAGUUUGACGGGUACUACCGGAUGGGAAUCAUGAGAUCCGAACCUUGAACUAUCAAUUUGAAAAGGGGAGAUUUAACUACCUUUGAAUCAACGCCCAUGAACACGCUCGAUAUGACUCCGGAGAAGCCGCUGGAUCUUGAGAAUGAGGAAGAGGAGGAAAGUCCUGCCGGUGGACGGAAACCUGGUUCUAGAGCUCAGGCUAAGAAACGAACGAAAACUGGAUGUUUAAGUGAGUUUUCCAGGUAAAAAGUCUGUGGUUGGUACAUGGAGUGACUGACAUGUUUCCUUUGCUCUUAGCAUGUCGAAAGCGGCGUAUCAAGUGUGGAGAGGAAAAGCCAACAUGUCAAAAUUGUUCCAAGUCGAAAAGACUUUGUGAGGGAUACAACCAACGAGUUGUCUUCAAGGACCCUUUAAGUGCGACCUGGGGGCCCUUUGCCAAUUCAUCCCAGAUCAAAUUCUCAUCAUCGGGGUCCGGCCGGUCAAAUCAGCGUCGAGUUGAAGCCCCAAAACCUUCGACUUCGGCGCAGGCGCAGUUACCAAAUCUUGCACCAAAACCAGGUGACUUGGGUACAAAUAAUAGUCCUCAACACAGGCCUGUUAAUGAGACAAAUCCAGGCUUUGAGCAAGGCAUGCACGUCUUUCCAGGUCGGGCGAAUCAGGAUGUGGCGAUCAAGAGAAGUAAUUCUCGAGAAGCAUUGGAGUCAACGUCAAACCACAGGGAUAGCGUGGAUCGCUCAUACCUACCAACUCCCGAACAUAAAUCACCCCCAAAUCCUGGGCCUACCCAUUAUGAUUUUAAUGCUUUGUUUGAGAAACAGUCACCACUUGGCGAGCUUUCCAUGUCCGCUUCGCAGCCCAGUCCGUCGCAAUGGAUUUCCAGUCAAAAUAGUGUAACUCAUACCUAUUCUCAAGGACAUGCACAUAAUUCAAACGCACAGUUUCCGCAUCUCACGCCACCUAUGGGGACCACUCAGAGUGAUCUAAGCUGGCAGCAAACCGCUUUCUCUCAUCCAUCCAAUCUAAGCUCAAGUCCAUCUCAUAUCCCCAUCACACCGAUCACAAUACAAGUAACACAGGCCAUGGAAGCAGCUUAUACAUCUCGAUUUGAGACACAACAUCCUUCAUCAGUAGAGAACUUUUCGCAGCUCAUCGGGUCAAACAAUCCAAACCAAAAUAUGGUUGACAACAACAACCAUCAUGACCACAACAACCAUCAUGACCACAACAACCAUCAUGACAACAACAACCAUCCCGUAAUCAGACAACAAGAUGAACGAAUAUUUGACGAUGAUGAAAUGAGCCUGGAUAACGAUUACGCAGAAGAUGACCUUGAGCAUGAUACUUUCAAUGUUCAUAAUAUAGGCUAUGGCAUUGGGGCACUAAUUGCACUUCAAGCUCGACAAGAUGCGCAGAAUCAAAGUCUCCGUUCUUUCACCUCAUUGAUUGAUCGAUCUGAUAUGCUAUCGGCUUACAACCCUUCACUCCGGUCGUCUCCACUCAAUGAUACUAUGACGGCUAGAAUCUUCUGUCAUUUUAUCAACGUAACUGGACCGAGUAUAUCAAUGUUUGAGAGAAAUCCUGCUAAUCCUUCUUUGAUAUUUCAGGGGAGAUCUGUGCCAUCUUCUCAACAACAUAUUUGGACCUACACAUUUCCUAUGCUUGCCUUGAAAAAUGAAGCACUCCUUCACGCAAUGCUCGCUCUAGCCAGCUUACAUAUUGCAAAGUUGCAAAACACCCACGUAACUGCAUCUCUGAAACAUUAUGCAAUCGCUUUGCGUAGGAUUGCAAAAAGCGUCAGCGUACCUGGCCGCAGAGAGCAGCCUGCUGUAUUGGCUGCCACCAUGUUACUCUCAUUCUAUGAGUGUUGGUGUGCGGACCAUCAAAAGUGGAGUAACCAUCUGCUUGGAACGAGGACUCUUGUGAGAGACAUUGAUUUCACUGGCAUGACUCAUCAUCUGAAAACCAUGAGGGCACAGCUGCGUAAUGAAGAUUGUGCCCGCCAUCGCCAGGAGCAGAUACAUAUGGGUGCAACAUUUAUUGAAGAAAAACAUAAAUUCGCUGCCUCAUUAGAAGAUGUGGAUGAAAACAUUGUUGGAGUUUUGAUGGGCCGAAGACUUCGUUACGAUGAGUAUGGGCAUAUCAUCGAUGAGGUUUGGGAGAACAAUGAAGACCGGGUUUAUAGCCCUAAGGACAUUGAAACUUAUGAGGUGCAACGCGAUCUCGUGUGGUGGUACUUCAAACAAGACGUUUACCAGAGUAUCUUAGGUGGAGGGAAGCUUUUUACCGAGUAUGAUAGGUGGAGUCUUUGCCCUCCACGUGCUCCCCUUGGUCGAUUAGAUGCAGUAUACGGCACGUUUGAUCAUCUCAUGCUUUUGAUGGGGCGGCUUGCAGAUUUUGCCUCAAAAGACUUGAAGAGGAAGACACUAGCGUUCAAAGCUGCUAAUAAUCCCAUGAGUAAUAAGAUGCCAAAUUUCACUGGCAUGGUACCAAAUGUCAAAGAGCCGACGCUCCCCACGGGAUUCUCGCCAACAUACAGUAGCUCUUCUCAAAGCUCAGAAGGUGGAGAUAUUGAUCUUGAAGCUCAGAAGCUUGAGGCGGAAGAAGAGUGGCAAGAUAUUCGCAAUGCAUUUAGUGUGCUUGAAGAUCACUUUGGUGAAGACUUCCAAUAUUUAGGUGAGGAAUUCUCGGCGCCAGUCCAAACUCCCUUUGGGACGGCUUUGCAAUACCGAACUUAUGGUAUUGCCGGCAUCUGGAUGAAUUAUUACAUGGGACUCAUUUCUUGUCACCGAGCUCAUCCUUCUAUGCCACCUGCAGCUAUGGUAGCUGCAAGUAUGGCGGCUCGUAAGACGGAGUUCUUCGCAAAUGAACUCGGUCGGAUUGCCGCAGGUAUUGCACCGGACCUUAGCAUGACAACACAAGUAAACCCGGGAGUUGGUGCAGCACUUAUGGAAAGUACCAUUUGCCUCUUUCUAGCAGGCGUCCAAGUAGGUUUGAAAUUUCAGAGUACUAUAAUCUUGUACUUACCGUUUGCAGUAUCAAAAUGUGGACCAAAGGACAUGGCUCAUAUGCCGGCUUAAAGACGUGGCUCGUUUGACUGGUUGGCAAACGGCACUUGCAAGUAUGUAAAUUCUUAAACUCUUAUACCUUAUGAGCCUAAAAGAUUAUUCUUACCUUUACUGAUCUCUUCAGUUGCUACCGGUUGUGAGACAUCUUGGAUCAAGGCUGGGGAGAUGGGGAAAGGUCCGCCAUAUAAAAGAACGGGGGAAGAACGAGUAGCUCCACAAAUGGAGAACCCUGUACGACAUGCCGAAGCGACUAAACUACGAGAGCAGCAAGUUGCGGAUAAGAGAGUGGUGAUUAGCACCCAUCAGAGAGUUCAUUAUGCCUUUGGUAUCUUGGGCGUCCAGGAUGAUUUCAAUAACCUAGGUUUAGAUCCAUAACCAACCAGAACUCAACGACGGAUGAUUUGGGAAGGUUAAGGAACAAAUAGCUGAAAUUCUUUUUCAACAAUUUUUUUUGCAUGGACUCUGACUUAGAAGCGUUCAGCAAUCAUCCAGCAGAUGGUAGCUUCGCGGCACUGCCUUGUCAGACAGCCGCAAAAACCAAUUAUCUGAAUCAGCGGUUCCUCCCGUACUAAGCUGAAUUACCAUUGCGAGCGACGGCCAUCAGUAGGGUAAAACUAACCUGUCUCACGGCGGUCUAAACCCAACUCACGUACAUUUGGAAG